AUAUAAGUUAAUUAUUACACAUGCUGUAAUUAAAUCAAACCAGAGUGAACCAGCAGCGUUGCAGAGAACACUCUGCUGCUCAGACGGACCAUGACUGCAUUUGCAUCCAGCUGGCUGCGCUGCCUGAAGGCCAUGUCUGCGCAGGUUUCUUCCCCGCUGCUCAGGGUCUGCUGCGCUUACAGUUUCCGACGUUUGGAUGGACUCAGAGACGCCAGGGCGUGGAAACCAGGAGGGACGGUUUUGCUACGGUCUCUCCAUGUAGACAGUCCACCUCACAAACCAUCCCUGACCACCAGCUAUGUCCACGGCACCUCUUCCUAUUCCUUGCUUCCCCUGACUGUAAGUCAGAGCCUGGAAGCUACAGUCCGACGCUAUCCUGACCGUGAAGCUGUGGUGUUUCUACAGGACGGCAUCAGGAAAACCUUUGCUGAGUUUCAGACAGAUGUGGACACGGCUGCUGCUGGCCUGCUUGCUCUGGGCAUGACGAAAGGCGAUCGACUGGGGAUUUGGGCUCCAAACAUAUACGAAUGGAUCCUUUUCCAGUUUGCUUCAGCUAAGGCCGGAAUUAUCCUGGUUUCACUGAACCCAGCCUAUCAAGUAGACGAAUUGGCGUUUACACUGCAAAAGGUCCAGUGUAAAGCAGUGUUGUGUCCAACCAGCUUUAAAAGCCAUAACUUUUGUGAGAUGCUGCGGGAGAUUUGCCCAGGAAUCGAGUCGAUGCCACCCAGUACGAUCAAAAGCUCCAGGGUGCCAGAGCUGCGUAUGAUCAUUGUGACCGACAACAGGUGGCCAGGGAUGCUGCAUGUGGAUGACGUGAUGCAGGUAGCGGAGAGUCGGCACCACAAGCAGCUGUCGGACCUGCAGAGCCAGCUGUCCUUUGACGAUGCCAUCAACAUCCAGUUCACUUCAGGUACCACUGGGAAACCAAAGGGAGCCACUCUUUCCCACAACAAUAUUGUAAAUAAUGCAUAUUUCGUGGGCCUCCGUAUGGGCUACGAUCGCAGACCUCAGGUGCGAGUGUGUGUGCCUGUGCCUAUGUACCACUGCUUCGGCUCUGUGAUGGGAGGGAUGAGCAUGGCAGUCCACGGCAUCACGCUCGUGUUCCCUUCUUCUACAUACAGCAGCUCUGCCAAUUUAGAGGCCAUCCAGAAUGAAAAGUGCAAUUUUGUCUAUGGCACUCCCACAAUGUACACUGACUUGCUCAGUUGUGAUUUACACAAGUAUGACCUGUCAUCAGUCGAAGCUGGGCUCAUGGGAGGCUCUCCGUGCCCCCCUGAGAUUCUGAGGCGGCUCAUAUCAAACAUGAACAUGAAAGAAAUAACGGUUAUAUACGGAGCUACUGAAAACAGCCCUCUUACGUUCCUGGGGUUCCCGCAAGACAACGAUGAUCUGAAGAUGAACACUGUCGGGUGUAUCAUGCCUCACACUGAGGCCAAGAUAGUGGACCCCAACUCGGGCCAGAUUGUCCCUUUGGGGGCUUCAGGAGAGCUGAUGACCAGAGGUUACUGUGUGAUGCUCGGGUACUGGGAUGAUCCUCAGAAAACCAGAGAGGUCAUCGCUGAGGAUCGCUGGUAUAGGACUGGCGACACAGCCAGCCUGAACAGUCUGGGGUACUGCUGCAUCGAGGGCCGCAUGAAGGACAUGAUCAUUCGCGGAGGGGAGAACAUUUACCCCGCUGAGGUGGAACAAUUUCUCCACAAGCAUCCAAAAGUUCUGGAGGUGCAGGUGGUUGGAGUGAAAGACGAGAGGCUGGGUGAGCAGGUGUGCGCCUGCGUCAGGCUGAGGGAGGGCCAGACCUCCACUGUGGAGGAGAUAAGAGAUUUCUGCACAGGAAAGAUUUCUCACUUUAAGAUUCCACACUAUGUGGUGUUUGUAGAAAGUUACCCACUAACUGUCUCUGGGAAGAUCAAGAAGAACAUAUUAAAGAAGGAAAUGGAGAAGAAAUUAGGUCUUUGAUUUUUUUAAUUUUAGCUUUUACAGGAAGUCAUUGUAAAAUGAGUAAAGACUGAAACUAAUUUAUGUAUCUGAAUAAUUUAUGCCUUAUUUUAAAUUGUGCUGGAAUAUUAAAGCAGUCUGUUGAUUUAU